AUUUUGCCUGGCUUUCUUGGGGGGACUAGUUGCUCGUAAUGUUCUGUCGAGGUGAGAAGUUGUGAAGUUAGUCUACCGGCAUUAGUAGUAGUGUGUGGUGGGCUGAGCAGGUAGCCCACACGCCUGCCUCCUUGUCUACUAGCAGUAGGAGUUCCACUACUGCUGUUUGUUGUCAACAUGUACUCGCAGGCAGUCGCUUACGCUGUAGGCAUGUCCAUGGUUCAGCCCGGGUCAAACAGAUGAUUGUGUUUGUGAAGGUGUAUUCUCAAGUAAACAAGACAGAGUGUGGGUAUAGUGUUUGUAUAUAAGAGUAAGUGAGCGCGGUUGCACAGUCAGCUGUUUAGUUUUGCCUGAUGACAUUCUCAUACAUGUAUCAUUACAUGUAAUCAUACAAACUGACAUUGAAAAACUGAGCCUAUAUUUUUUUUUCUGUGUGUGUUUAUUUGCGAUUAGAAACAUUAUGUUACAAAGUUUCUCUCUGUGAAGAUGUCUUCAGAAGUGCUUGAAGAACGGUGACAAAAUACGAGACUUCAUUUAUUUAAUUGAAGAUAAUUAUUCAACAGGUGUGGGGAAACACGGAUGACUCUGGUCACGAUGGCGUCAAUGUUCCGAUCCACUCCGGGUCGGAGUCGACGUUCAGUGAACAGCUGGGGGCCCAUGUCCCUGCCGUCCGAAAUGAACCGCCCCGGGACUGUGCCUCCUCAGGGGCACCACAUGCCCGAAACAGAAGAGGAAUGCGUGGAGUAUUACCAGGAUCGCAUCUACUCGUCACAGAGCCGCCAACUCUACCCUUUGCAAGAAGAUCUCGCAGAUUGGAUCAAUAAGACGCUGGGGAUCGACUACAUCACUGGCGAGAACUUCCUGGACAUGUUGGAUAAUGGUGUGGUUGUGUGCCAUUUGGCACGAGUUAUUCAGGAACGUGCCAAGCAAGUUGUCGAUAUAGGAUCUGUCAAAGGUCCCAUUCCAACCAUCAAAGGCCGGUGUUGGGAAAAUGCUGCUAGGAGGAGUUUCUUCUCUAGGGACAAUAUGGAGAAUUUCAUUCAGUUUUGUAGGAAACUUGGAGUCCAUCAAAAUCUUCUGUUUGAGAGUGACGAUCUUGUACUGCACAAUCAACCUCGGAAUGUGAUCCUGUGUCUCCUAGAGGUGUCUCGCCUUGCAUCUCGCUAUAGCGUUGAGCCACCGAGUCUCGUACAGCUGGAGAGAGAGAUUGCAGAGGAAGAAUCACAUUCACAUUCGAACUGCCAUUCUGAUUCAGGGCUGUCACAUAGCUCGCUUAUAUCUUGGCAGUUCCAGUCCAGUCCUGCUGUUACACCUCGAUCCUCCCCGGACAAGAUACGACACAGCAGGCAAGGACGAAGUUCUUCAUCAGCAAUCUCAUCAGGCAGCAUUAGUCGAUGGGGUCGAACGCCAGUUGGACGUCCUCGUAGUAGUGAGCGUCACAGCCUGAUGCUGAUAGAGAGCUCACCUGGAGGUGUUGGUGCCAUGUCUCCCCAGCGAGACCUGCGCCGAACAGCCAGUGAGGGCAACACAGGUCCAGGAGCAAAUAGUGGUGGUGCCAGUGAUGGUGUACCCAGUGAUACGACUGAGGAUGACUGGUCCAGGGGCAGUGGUGAGGAUCCAGAUCUAGAGAUUGAUCAGGAACUUGGACAGGGAGACCACACAGAGAUCACCGAAUUGGAUAGGAGGGUUCAGCAGGUGGCAAGAGUGGCUCAGAGGCACUGUCAUUGCCCUUCCAGCAAGUGCAACAAGCUGAAGGUGAAGAAAGUAGGAGAAGGACGAUACAACAUAGCAGGCCGCAAUGUCUUCAUAAGGCUGCUAAAGGGUCGGCACAUGAUGGUCCGUGUGGGAGGUGGCUGGGACACUCUGGAGCACUUCCUUCUGCGGCACGAUCCCUGCCAGGUGAAGGUAGUAAACCGAGACUCCCCAACCAACAAGUCAUCCUCACCAUCGUACCUGCACAUCCGGGCUAAAUAUCGUAGUCCACCACCAUCAGAUCCCAUAGGACGCUAGCAGGCACUGCACCUGUACACAUCAGCCACUGUGCACUACUCACUGAAACAUCAUGGCACGCAGAUCAUGGCUUAUUAAUGAUAAGAGGCAGUGCUUCAGUUGAAAUUUGCUAAAAACAGAAUAUGUAAAGAAGUAUAUAAUAUGCAAUGUUUUUAUCUAAAAGUGCUUUUACAUCAUAACAUAAUUAUGUUUACAAGAUGGAUGGAAUUAGACAACAAGGAGCUAUACAUUCCUAACAGGACAGUAGAAUGUGGAGGCUCAGUUUUAUUGUUGGCUUGGAAGUUCAUGUAUCAUGAUACCAUAAAUCACUCUUAUGGUUUAAAUUAAGGUUCUUAUUCACAGAUGCUUUUAUUGAUCAUUGGUAUGCAGGAAUUAUAAAUUGAAUGAGCUUGGAUGAUUAAAGUAAUCUAACUGAAGUUCCAUUUAUUUAAUGUGGUUUACAGGUUUCCUUUCAAACAUGAAAUGAUUGAAGGGUGCCUUCUAUAUAUUUUAUGUUGGUAAUGUCCCUUUAUUUUAUGAUGGCUGCUCAGAUUCAUCUGUAGUGCAGGAAACUUGGUGAGUUCAUUCUUACAAACCUACCUCCUCAGUCGGGAGUGGGUCAGUGUGAGCCCUUUUAACCAUGAACCAUUUAAAGUGUUUGAAAUUUUGUGGGACAUUCUGGGGGCAAUUGUGGUGCCAUGUUUUAAGUUAUUUCAUUUAAUGGUUUAAGGCUUUCACAGCUUUAAGGCUUUCCACUUUUGGGUCUUUGUACUAUGUGGAUACGGGUAUGAUGUACUCAUUUCCAUGCCAGUUAAACUUAAACUUCAGUUUAAUACACUGAUCAGCAUGCAGGCAAUGAUUUGAACCAAAUAAAUAAGUAAAUAACUGAUAAAUAAAAUACAUUUACAAAAGAAAUUUCUAUAUAUAUUUUUACAAUAUACUGUAUGUAAAUGGAAUACAGUAUUAUAACCUAACUUAAUGUGUGAGUUGAUGUUAAAUUCUUUAAAUGUCUAGAGUUUAUCUCUUGCUUCAACAAAGGUGUAUUUAUUUGAUAGAUUUGAGAUUCUUAUAGCAGUAACUGGAGAAUAUUUUCAGUGUGAUAUAAUGCCAUGUAGCCUAGUAGAAAUCUACCACUCUUUUGGAGGAACGUCAGUAAACUUCCACCACAAUACACAACAUUACAACCCACAAGAUACUGCUCUUACACGUUGAUUUGUGUACUACAAUUUUAAUUGCUAUAUUUUCUUCUUUCUCUGCUGUUAUGUACACUCAAACCUGCUAUUACAUAUGUACAAAACUUUCUUUGUAUUUAAGUUAAUGCUGCAGGGAGGAUAUAAUACAAAUUUCAACUAAAGCACUCACAGUAUGAGCACCCUCUCACCUGGUGUUGCUGGUCACCUCACAUCAGAAGAUGUAGGAAAGGGAGAUUAACACAUUUUUGGAGACUGUAUGAUGUAGAUAGCAGACUGCCUAAAAACAUUUUUCAGUGAUUUUGUAGUGCUCUGUUAAUUUUUAUUAGCUGCAUUAACAUGAUUUUAAUGUAUCUGGCAUGAUGCUAAAAAUUACUUUUUAAAUUCUCUGAAUUAAGUUAUGUAUAAAAAUUUGUGACAUUUUUUACUUGUUAAGUUAAUGUUGAAUAAUUCCCAUAUCGAGUAGAAUUAGCAUUUUUUACAAGAAGUAAAAUAUAUACUAGAAAAUUAAUUUAAUAAUAAUAUUAUUAAUAAUUUUUUGUAUAAUCAUUUGGCAAUGAUUAAAAAUAUCAAUGUGUUUCAUACAUUUUCAAUAGUGUUUAUAAUUUUCUUUUUCAUAGUACAUAUUAUAUACAAAAUAAUUAGAAGAUCAGUAUAUAAGAAAUUAUACACUGUUGCAAAAUUUUGAUUUAACACGUAUCUUUACAUUGCCUAUAUGUACUUUACUGAAUGUUUUUAUAGCUUGUGUUCAAAAUAUUUUAUAGGAUGAAAAAGAUUAUUUACAUAACCUGGCAGCUGUUCUUAUUUCAGGCACAAGGAAAAGAGUCAAAAAACAGACUGAAAAGUGCAACAAAGAAAAAAACGUAACAUUUGCAAUUUAAAAGUGUUGGUGAAUAGUGGAGUGUAAAAUGAAAAACAGAACUUCAUUGAGAUAAGUGCAAUUGUAGAGAUGAGAAAUUGAAACAGUCACAUACAUUCUCCCAUAACUAAGUCAGUGCAACCUGGAAGGUUUAUACACCUAGCACAAUGUACUUGGUUCCCUUCAGCUUGAUUACUGUAAUACAUUCUUGUGAUUCUGUGUUUUUAGCUUCAUUAUAUACGAAGCUUUUGUUCAAGUUUAUUGUAGAAUACAAGGUAAGACUUUAUAAAUUACCUGUUUUGGUGUAUAUUGUUUGUGUGAUUCAAAUAUUUAUUGACAUACAUAGAUACUGUAUGUUUAUUAAAACUUCUGAAUCAAAGUUUAACAAGAGAGUACAGCUAAAAUGGAAGUUUGUUUCCUUGAAAUGCUGUAUCUGCAAACUGCCUUACUGUAGUAGUGACUUAGAGAACUGAUUAUGAUGGAGAAUGCAGAAUUAUUCAAGAGUAUGAUAUGGAUACAUAAUGCUUAUCCAAAAUGUUUUGUUUCCAAGACUGGUUUCUCUGCACUAUAGUUAAUUUUGCUUUAUUUCUGCUACAAUCUCAAUCACUAAAUGUUUAAAAGUAAUCAGUCAUCAUGCAAAGAUUCUUUUCUAAUGUGGUUAAUAUAUAUUAAUGAUUUUUCAUAAAUCUGUUACCACUGUGGAAUAGCAGCAUAAACAUUAUCCUGUAAAAUUACAAUGGUAUUAAAAAGACAAAAUAUAAUAUCUACUAUGUUCUCACUCUGUACAAAUUGUUAUGUGUUGUAUGUGAACACCUAAGUAUAUACACAUUGUUAUCAUAUCCAGCUUGAAAGGUGCAAGGGAGAAAUAUCAUAGUCACACAACAAUUAUUUUUCAGGAGAGAAAGUUAUGAAGUAUAGGUGGUUUUUCUAUGAUGUGGCACUCAGUUUUAAAAAAUGUAUCACUUGGAACCUGUGGAAUUAGUGACCAUAAUGUUUUGUAGAUGACAGCCAUCUCAUGCAGUUAUUCAGCGAAGGGUUCAGGUCAUUUUUCUUUUUUUUCCCCCCCACUUUUUGUGGGCCCUGAUAUUUUUUUCUUGUGCCCUUCACUUUUAAAUAACGAGUAAAUUCUUCUAGUUUGAUGCUUUGUUUAUUGAUACAACACUAAAUUGCAAGAAUAUUAAGGCUUGAUUGUAUGAUUACUGUCACAGAUUUUAAUUUGCUUUGAAUAAUACACUAUAUUUCAGCAUUAAAGACUGGAGAUUUUACCACUUAUACGUGUGUA